AAUGUUCAUUUUUAACAUGCCAUGUAAGAGAAUUCAGAGCGCAAGUCUUUUAAUUAUAAUAUACAUACACAAAAGGAGAUGAAAAUUAAAUAUUGUCAGAAAAAUACACAGCUCUGAAAAAACUUUCGCAAAAUAAAUUGUUGUAAUAUUAAUUUUAUGUGCAUUAAUAUGGUAAUUCAAAGAAAUUCUAAAACUUUGUAUGAUUAUCAUGCCAAUAAUUAUGGAGAGAAUAAUGGAGAAUCUUGCGGGCGAGCCCAUGAUUCCACUACCGAAGAUGCACAUAGUGCAAAUCAAAAUCAAAAAGGUGUAAAUACUGGGACAUCAGCUUCCUAUCAGCCAGAUGAGAAUUUCAUUACAACGAUGGAAAUGGCGAAUGACGUUCUAAAAGUAUUAAAGAAGCGCUAUUUAACAUUUGAUGAUACUUUAGGCACAAAAACUUCCAAUAAUAAUGAUUUUGCUUUCAGAGCUCUUGAACUUUUACGGAUGAAUAUUCAAAAUGCUUUUGACAAAGAAAUAGAUGUAAUUGUUGCAAAAUAUUUAAAUCUUUAUAUUCGACCAGCAUUUGAAAAAUUAAAAGCAAAUUUGAAAACGGGCUAUGAUAACGAAGAAGUACUAGGAGUUAUGAAAUGUGCUUUGAUUGAGAAUUCAAAAUUUCAAUACAACUUAAUUGCAGAUAACUCGGAUAAUUUUUUAUUACUAAAUACACAUGAUAUUAAAGAAAAUCAAUCUGCAACUAAGGACAAAUUUACAGGCGCUACCAAAAAUGAAAUGGAAAUUCAGACAAAAAAUAGUUUACAAAAAGCUGGAGCUCUUAAACGUUCUUUAGGAACUGUGUCAGAUGAUUCACCUUCACCUGUUAAAAAGUCGGUAGUAAUGCAAAAAAAUACACUUUCUUCAGGGAAUAACAUAUCUCAAAAGCUGACAACACAACGUCGUCAAAUAUACUGGCAUACAGCAAAUAUAUCAACGGAAACUUAUUUUGUGCUAGACGUUCAGGCUAAUCAAGCUUUUGGUUUCAAUCCGGAUGGACGUGAAAGAUUGGCUAGCAAAUACCCUGAACUAAUACGCUACUUACCAGAUAGUCAAGACCGUGACUGGCUAGUGCAACAAAAAAUUAUACCAGCACAAAAUAGAACCUCUCGAUUUUUAUUACUUGUAUAUGAAGAGGUUUUGAAAUUGGGAAGAUCAAGUUUAUAUAAAAACCGUGAAAAUUUUAAUUUGCAGCAUUUACAGCCUUUUACAAUAUCUAAUGUUACCAUUCAAAAAAUGAAAACAUUUUUCAUUGAUUUAAAUAUUAAAAGCCGUGGGCUAAUCACAAAUUCAUACACAUCAAAUAUGCUCAAUAAUAGAGCAAUAAAUGAGUCCUCGAAUUUAUCUGUAACUUUGAUAAAUUCAAAAACAAAUAGAUGCAGCCAAUUACGUAAUGCUUUGCUGCAAACAAAUCAGAGAACCCAAACUGAACAAAGGGCCGAAGAAGAGGACAAUUUGAUUUUGGACAUUCAACCUUUACAGGCAGAUUCUUCAGCCAUUUCAUCAACAGCUAGUGAAAUAAGCAAUUUUGAAGAAAAAAACCGGUUAUUUGUAGCAACGAAGCAAUCCAAUCCUGUACUUACCUCGGUUUUCAAAUCGAAAGACAAAAGUACUCUUAGUUCAUCUCAUGCGACAUUAACUGCAUUAUUAAAUAACAACAGUUUUUUAAAAAAGGAUAAUUGUAUUACUUACAAGAACAGUGAAAAAUUACAACCAAAAUCGACGUAAGUGUUAGUAAUUGUUUAAAAUAUCGAAUUUCUAUUUGGCAGUUCGACAAAUUAAUUAUUAUACGAAUUGGUUGUUUGCAAAUUCCGUUA